AAGACCAAGACCAUAAAUAUAACUGAAAAAUCAUCAUUGGGUGUGCAUCGGGCAUGUCACUCACUUAGAUUGUAACACCGGUAAGGUGUACAACACUAAAUGUUUUUGUUUCAUGUUCCUCCAGAUGUUCCACUGAAACAUCAAUGUGAGGAGGAGGAUGUUCUGGUCGACCAGCAGCUCUGUAAUCAGGAGAGGAACUCCAGUCCGGACCAAGAAGAGCCAGAGCCUCCACAGAUUAAAGAGGAGCAGCAGGAACACUGCAGCAGUCAGGAGGGAGAGCAGCUCGUACUGAAGCAGGAGACUGACACAUCCAUGUUGACUGUUACUCAUGAGGAGAGAAACCACAGUGAAGCACAACUACUAAAUGAACAUCAGCCCAUUUCUAACAACUCUCAUGAUGCUGAGGAUCAAGAUCCAGAAGGAAGUGAGCACAUCAACAAGGGACUAACUUCUGCUCAAGACAAAUUUGUGGUUUUAAAAAAUACUAACGUUGAGUACGAGGGAGAGAUCGAUCGGAAGAGCAGACUGCUGGAUAUCGUUUGGAAACCUCACAUCUACCUACACAGAAUAGAUGUUCCACAGCAACAUGUGAGUGAGGAGGAGGAGGAGGAGGAGGUUCUGGUCGACCAGCAGCUCUGUAAUCAGGAGAGGAACUCCAGUCCGGACCAAGAAGAUCCAGAGCCUCCACAGAUUAAAGAGGAGCAGCAGGAACACUGCAGCAGUCAGGAGGGAGAGCAGCUCGUACUGAAGCAGGAGACUGACACAUCCAUGUUGACUGUUACUCAUGAGGAGAGAAACCACAGUGAAGCACAACUACUAAAUGAACAUCAGCCCAUUUCUAACAACUCUCAUGAUGCUGAGGAUCAAGAUCCAGAAGGAAGCGAGCUCGGAGACUCAGAAUCAACUAGAAAAUCAGAACCAAAAAAAAAACUUCCCAAAAGAAGUCACAACACUAAAACAUCAGAAACUGACUUUAAGCACAAAGACUCAGACUCAAGAAGAAAAUCAAAAAGGCGAUUUUCAUGCAUGAGUACAGGUGAGAAGACUCACUCCUGCAAGACCUGUGGGAAAAUAUUCUGUCAGAGGUCUAAUUUGAACAGACACAUCAAAAUUCAUUUGAACCAAAAGCGGUUUACCUGCUCAACAUGCGGCAAACCUUUAAGAUCUCAAGGCGAGUUGACAAGCCACAUGAGAUCACACACGGGUGAGAGGCCGUUCUCCUGCAGCACCUGUGGGAAAAGCUUCUAUUGGCAGUAUACGUUGACCAGGCACAUCCAAAUUCAUUCGAACCAAAAGCGGUUUACCUGCUCAACAUGCGGCAAACCUUUAAGAUCUCAAGGCGAGUUGACAAUCCACAUGAGAUCACACACGGGUGAGAGGCCGUUCUCCUGCAGCAUCUGUGGGAAAAGAUUCCCACGGAUGUCAAACUUGAAUCGUCACAAGAUGAUUCAUACAGCUAGAUAGCCGUUUACCUGCACAGCAUGCAGCACACCCUUUAAGAUCGGUGGCCUCAGUGGGAAAGGGGUCAAAGAGAACUGAAUGUGAGUGCAUUGGGAACGGUCCCUAUAAAUGACUC